AUGAGCCCAUAUCACGUCGAUCAUGUAUCCCAGUCUAUUGAACAUGAAACGUGGGAGAACAACUCGGAUUACGUGCCAACCCCUGGGUACUGUGUCAGCCCCUACGCCGCACCGUCUGCCUUGAGACCAUCCCCAUCCUCUGUACGUGAAAAUAGCGUCGACCCCAAGAGUAAACGUGGCCCGCAUCCUCUCCGAUUCCUUCCGUUGCACGAGUGGGAAGAGGGAAGGGUCUAUGACGAGGACCCGCCAGCCUGUAUCCACUACCGUGUAGAGUGGCGAGUGACAAUUAAUAAUCGGGAAGUAUCAAUGGACACCGAGGAAGAUGUCGUCUUGGCUCCCAGUGCCUUCUGGCAGCUGUCAUUGGCGAGAAAGCUCGAGAAAGCGCUUCGACGAAAAACUACCAGCCACCGCCGGGUGAGACCCGAUGAUACUGUAAUCGUUGCAUCAAUAAGCGAUCGCACCAAACGCAAACUGACGAAACGAUUUGACGACACCGAUAUUACUUGGUCGGCUAUCGAGAAGCAGCUUCUGACAUGGUCAGAUCUUUUCUCUAAGGGUAAGGAACUUACGCUGAAGAUCAGUUUUAACUACGUAGACGAUCAUCAGUUUUCUCAGUCCACCGGCCGAAAAGGAGAAAAAAGAGGGAAAUCCUCCGUCACGCAAAGAAUGCUCGGUGAGCGGGACGCUCAGCUUGAUGCGGAGGAACAUACUUCAGGCGAGAAGCCAAUCUGGCGCAGCGUAUAUAAUCUAGUGCGAUGCGACUCAUCGACAUGUCCAAAUGGACCUCAUUGUUGGGUGGACCCUAUGGGGAAAAAACACGAUCCACUUAGAUCUCAUCACAUAAAACGCUUGAUCACGCACGUCGAGAAAGGCGGGGUUGUAGAGGGUCAUAAGGACGUGCCAGAAGCGGUACGUGACGAAUUGUACAGGGAAGAACAAGAGAGACAAGAGAGACAAGGGAAAGACAAGCGCAAAGGAGGUCAUGUCGUUGGGACUGGGCCACCAUAUCCUUGCAAUAUCAUCAAUGUCUUGCCCUCUCAAUCUGCUGCCGAUGGUCUAGAUGUCUCGGCUCCCAAGGCAGUGGUUGAACCGACGGCCAUCAGUCCAUUGGAAAUUCCUGGCCCUAGAGACGUAGCCGUGAAGGAGUACGGUGAGUGGCAGAUAUCGAAUGUUGAAAACGACACACUCAAAUCGGCAUUUCGGCAAGUAUGUGAUGUGAUGCUCGACAAUGGUCUCGACCUUGAGCAGGUCUGCAGGGACCAAGAUCCAAAAUUUUUCAUCGAGAAGGGGAUCAAAAUAGGCAUCGCUCGACGUUUCGUCGAAGACAUCGGAAAGUGGGCUGAGCAAGUCAAGAAAGUGAUUCCUUUAUGUGAGAUACUUUAG